CGUGGUUUUUACUCAAAUGACAUGGUUUUUAAAGUGUCUCACUUGAUUUCUUAGCCAAAUACAUCAAAUAAGUGUUUUAAACACUUGGUUUUUAUUUUGGAGAACUUUGGAUUUUUCAGUCGGUUUUUGCAUCGGUUGGCUAAGCCGUGGCUAAGGCAAAAACCGCAGGUUUUUGGCUAACCACCCACCCAGCGAUGGGAAGAACUUCCCAUCGAUGGGUAAGCGGUCCCUUAGCCAAACCAACUUCCAGAACCAUGCCAAACAGCGAUGGGAGGUUCUACCCAUCGCUGUUAAAGCCUUGGUCCAACAUCAACACAAAGGCAGAACGACCUUACCCAGUGAUGGGGACUUUACCCCAUCGAUGGGAACCCAGCGAUGGGAAGGCUAAACCAUCGAUGGGAAGUCAUGACCGUUGUAAGUCAUUUAAGACUCUAGUUCUUUACCCGCCGUCAAGUUUACCCCGUUCUCGGGUUCCCUACCCAUUAUCGGCCUUUAAUAUGACCAACUACGAUGUUUCUGGGUUGGAGCCCAUCAGCGAGGGCGUUAGCAAAGAGAAGGCCAAAAAGAUGGACAGGACGAAAAAGCAUACUCGGCGAAAAGUCUUAGGGGCUGUUUGGCAACUUCUGAAUGGGUAAGUGCUGAACCAGUAAGAGGUCUGAACCAUUAAGUGCUGAACCAGUAAGAGGUCUGAACCAUUAAGAGCUAGUAUAUUGCUUAACUAUUCAGAGGCAAAUGUCUGAUCAAUUCAGAUAAGAGGUCUUAACCAUUCAGACUCUGUAUAAUACUUAACCAUUCAGAGGCAAAUCUCUUAACCAUUCAGACAUCUGAACCAUUAAGAGGCUGAAACAAACAGUCUGAACCAUUAAGUGCUGAACCAUUCAGACAUCUGAACCAUUAAGAGGCUGAAACAAACAGCCCCUUAGAUU